AAUAAUCCGUGCUUGGUAGUACCGCGGUAGUGGAUGUGGUUGGUGUGGUGCUUGUUGUUUAAGAAGUAAAGAUUUAGUUUAUUGAUCUUUCGAGUAUACUAAAAUUAUUUAUUGCAUCUUUGUGACCAGAGUAGGCAUUAUGAGUACAGACAGAAUAGAGAAAUUAUAUAAGAAUUUCGGUAUUCUGGCCGACUCUAAAGAUAAAAGCGAGCAUGAAGCAGAAUACUUGGAAAUUCUGACAGCUGUAAAGGGCUCGUCGAAAGAAAAGAGACUGGCAUCACAAUUUAUAGCACGUUUCUUUAAACAUUUUCCAGCACUAGCAGAUCAAGCCAUUGAGGCACAACUAGAUCUCUGUGAGGAUGAAGAUGUGGCUAUUAGAAAACAGGCUAUUAAAGACCUGCCUAGUUUGUGUAAGGACAACAAAGAACAUACACAGAAGAUUGCAGAUAUUCUGGCUCAACUGUUACAAGCUGAAGAUAAUGCGGAAUUAAGUGUUGUUCAUAAUUCCCUGAUGACUCUAUUCAAGACUGAUGCUAAAGGCACUCUUGGUGGUAUUUUCUCACAAAUCUUGAGUGGAGAUGACCUGAUUAGAGAAAGGUGCAUCAAAUUCCUCACAGUUAAAAUUAAAUCUCUAGGGCACGAUGUCAUUACAAAAGAUGCAGAAGAUGUACUGAUUAGUGAGUGCAAAAAAGUCUUGCAGGAUGUAACUGCUGAUGAAUUUCAUAAUUUAAUGGAAUUACUGGGUUGGACCCGACUUGGUCACCUUGUGAGUGGGCAGCAGGAAUUGGUUGAUAUUGUAGCAGAGCAAGCUGAAAUUAAUCAGCAUUUUGACCCUAAAGAUGUUGAAAAUGACAAUGUGGACAGAUUAAUCCAAUGUGUCAAACAUGCAUUGCCGUAUUUUUCGUCGCAGGUUGACUCGGCACGUUUUGUGGCCUACAUGUGUGAACAGGUGCUGCCACAAUUUGAAGAAAUCUCUUCUAAUGAAGAAGGGGCUGAUCCUCAACUUGAGAUACUGAAAUUGUUUGCCGAAUUGUGCACACACUGUGGCAAUUUGGAGAAUGCUGAGUCCAAAGUAGAAAAGGUGUUUGAAAGGCUAAUUGAGUAUAUGCCUCAGCCUCCUGAGAGCGAUGUAGAGAAACCCAGCCAGGAGGAACCACGUCUUGAGUUCUCUUAUGUAGAAUGCCUGAUGUAUGCAUUCCAUCGACUGGGAAGGCAAUGCCCUGAUUUCCUGACAAAAGAUGCAGAGAGAAUGAAGGAUUUCCGGUUCAGGUUGCAGUAUUUUGCACGUGGAAUCCAAGGUUACAUAAAAAAGUUGCGAGAAGCCCUGCAAGGGAAGACUUCAGAUGAACUGAAAACUGACGAGAACAAGAUAAAAGUUGUUGCCCUUAAGACGACGUCUAACAUCAACACUCUGAUCAAAGAUCUGUUUCACAGUCCACCGAGCUAUAAAAGUAUCAUAAGUUUGUCUUGGAAACCAACGGCAGGAAGUGCUAAGGAUGGCCCAUCUACUGGUCAGAAACGGCACACUCCCAUCACUUUCAGCUCGGAUUCAUCUGGUAACAAACAUCCUAAAACUGAUAAAUCACAAAGGGAGAUCUAUCAACCUCCUAGUGGAAAAUACAGCAACAAAGUGUCUAGUUAUGUUCCAUCACAGCAGCGUGGAAGAGGUCGAGGAAGAGGAAGAAGUUUUCGAGGUGGAAGAGGUUGGAGACGUAGUUACUGAAUAUGCCCAUCUUACAUAUAACAUCCUCAAGAGUAUUACUUGUUUUAUUUAAUUGCAUCAUUACCAUAAUGGCGUUUAUUUAGAAUUAUUAACUGCCCUGCAUUUCCUGGAAGUAGAAACAGCUUGAUAUAUGCUUUCAUUUCACUGAACAGUAUGAAAUGUUACAAUGCUGAACUAAAAUCAAACUCAUAGAUGAAAUACUGAUUCCACUGACAAAUGAACAAAUGUAAUUACUCAUCAGUGGACACUUAUAUGUCAGUGAUAUGCCUGGUAUUAUACCAAAGUCCACAGCAAGCUGAAAGUUGUCUGUAAUAUGGUCUGAUUGAUGGAAGUGACACUGUAUCAAAUGAGUUUUCUGAGAAAGUGAAAAAUUCUUCACCUAUAAAACACGGUACAAGAAGUGUCAUCUGAUGUACUAUGAAGAAAAUGACACAUAGAAAAGAUGGUUUGUGUUUCCUGCCAAGUGAAAUGUACAAGCGUAUUGCAUCUGAUGUGACUCCUGAAACUUUCUUUAUUGGACUAAGUACCAUGUAAUUUGAGUGUGUGUUUGUGUGUGUGCACAGUCAGACCUGAUCCCACAUUCCUUUCUUCACUUAUUUCUUUCCUUACAUGAAUUCCCUGUUAUAAUAAUAUCAGUCUUAAGUAAAUGUAUCUUCUUUUCAGGAAAAUGUUCAGUGUUUUUUCAUAUUCGGCACUGAGUACAGUUUUAAACUUCACAUUAAAAAUGAUGAAGAAUAGGAUAGUAUAAAAGUCUACAUUCUGCAGUUAUACAGCAGGGUAUUAUUCAUCAAUUUAUAUUAUAAUAUAUUUUAAUCAGACAGUGGAUCUAGGGUGGCUGCUUGUUUUGGAUCCCAAAUAUCAGGUUUUUAUAGGACUUAACUUAGAUGAAUGCUGAUUUGGCCUUACAUUUUGAGAUCAAAUAUUUGUUAAGAGUACAGUCUUCUGGGUUUAACAGCAUGUUGUUCAGAGAGAGCCCGACAUUUCAGAAGAACUUAGUUUGCUGCCUGGUUUUGUUGGUUUCGCACUAAUCGUAACCCUGAAGAUGAAGGCAAUAUGUUCCUCUGAAACAUCAGCCUAUCUCUGAACUGCUUGGUGUUACAACCCAGAAGAUUACUCUUCACAGACACUGUCGUGAGAACUUCAAAUCCAACACUUUCGUUAACUGCUCUGAAUGAAAAUCUUGCAUGAAGAACUCUUGUGACUGGUAACUUACUGACUGCAGUACUGUUUUUGUUUUUGUUCUCUUAAUAAUUAAUUAGAGUUAGGUGUUGGGAUGGGAUAUGUGACCUUUUAAAACUGUGGUAAUGGCUUUAUCUAAAAUCAUAUAAUUUCCCUUAAGUAAAUUUGAAUGAGGCAGAAUAUCCAUGACUUCAGUUACUACUUUUAUAACUCGUGCAUUUUCGUUUGUACAUUACUUACCUCAAGUACUCAUAUUUACUUGUGUAAGACUUACGCAUGGCAUUCUUUUAUAGUGUUCUGUUUUCACAUCUGCACAAUGGCCACCCUACGUGUUAAAGACAUGAGGAUUUUGGUUCUCAUUGUAGAAGGGUGUGUAAUGUUCAUAUUCUUGUCAUUUGGACAGCUUUGAAUUUCUGAUAAAUGUUUUUCUUCUAUUACAGAUCAAGAACAAGUCAUUAGAAAAUGGUUGUAAUUCUAUGAUAUCAAAAGUUAUUGAAAAUAAUUUUUUUCAAUGUUCGGAUAUCUCAAAAUAUUAACAUUUUUUUGUAAUGUGAGUGAAUUUUUAAAUUAUAAAAUAGAAGAAGGCUGGUAUUAUAUGAGGUGCAUUUAGAGAAAUCAGGAAAGAUCACAGAAAUUUUUGUGGGGGUUAAAAAAGUCUGAUGUGGUAGUUUCAGACAAAUCUCAGCAAUAUAAAAUGUGUAUAGUUGGAAGAUUGAGUUCCAUGUUGAUAGAAUUUUGACAUUUGCAGGUGGUCAUUUGAGUGGGUGUUCAGUAUAUGUGUGAUCUUGUACAACACAGAUAUACAUUGUUUUGAUAUUAAUCCAUACUCAUUAAUGAUUUUUCAUGUAUGUAAUACCAGCAAGGGCAACCAUUCUUUGUCUAGAUUUUUUAAAUAGUUACUGAAAUUGUUAUAUAUUGUGACAUUCUUACACCUGUUGGCCAGCUAUAUUAUUAUUAUGCAUAAUGAUCCCUUCAUAAAUUAAAAAUGUUGCCCAUGAAUGAAGCAGAAAUGUAGACUGCUUUCUACUAUUAAAACUAGUUCUGAUUAUGUAGAAGCCAAAUUAUGAGACUGAACACAUGACAGAUGAAUUUUAUAUGCCAGUCUUUUAGGGAUGCAUAUACUCAGAUAUGCACAGUGGAGUGUUGAGUUAUUUUGUUCGUUUUUGUUGUGUUUGACAGGAAAAACGAAAACACACACACAUAUAUAAUUUAUAUAUCAGGUUUGCAGUUUAUAUUUGGUAUGUUAGGUGUUCUUAUUAUAUGCCCUCAAAUUAUUAUAGGUGGUAACAUUGAAAACACUUUGUGCACAUUUAUAAGUUACUGCCUUAUAAUGGCAUCAUUUCCAUUUUAUAUGGGUCUCUUGUUGCAAACUCUCCAUUUCCUUUCUUCCCACAAUCCUUCAUUUUCAGUUUCUUGCAAGCUUUUUGCUUUUUUUUUGUCUUCCACUGCCUGAUAGUAUCAAAUAGUCCCCUUCAGAAUCAUUAUUAUAGGGAAAAACAUGUUGAUUUGUAUAAGAUCACAUAUGCUGAAUGCUGAUAAUUGAUGUUUUAUUGAAUAUUUGUGUUUGUGAUUGAAAUGAUUCAUGACAACUUUCUCAAGGUGAUUUUCACUUACUCUUGCAGCUCAUUUGAGGCUAUUUGAAAAUUUAUUGUGGAUGUUUUAUUUCUGUAGUGUCUCUGCAUGAAGGGUGAGAAGAUUCUUUCAUUUCUUCGUCAUGAAUGUUCAACAUUUUAUGUAUAUUUCUAGGAUGAUCAUAUAAACUGCUGAAUGAAUGUUACCUGAAAUUUCUUUUGUUACAGAAUUCUAUGGAUGGUUGGAGUUGUGGUUCUAUCACUAGUGAUUUUCAGUUGACUCCUUGUCUUUGUCAUGAUUUCAUUUUUAAUUUCAGGUGCUCAAGUGUCCAGGUGGUGAAUUUGUGUUAAAUGCUUUGCAGUACUUAAUGCAUGUUCUGUUUCAGAUUGUAAUACCAUGUCAACAGAAGUGGCAGCUGCAAUAAUUAUUCUUUAUAUGCAAAUUCAGUUUGAAUUUCUAGAUUGCUCUUACAGUUGGAUCAUUUGCAGCUGAACUGUUUAUUUGUAAGGUGAGUUAAUGAAGUUAAUGAAGGUGAUUCCCUUUUCCUGUCCUCUCCUGCAACUUUCAUUGCCUAGGAAACAACAUAUUUGUAUUAUGGAAGUUGAUAUAUAUUAAACAUUGUGACAUUUGUGUAUCAGAGUAGUAAAUAAAAAUAUUCACUAUAGAGGUGUACUGAUA